AUGGAUUUUGCUUGGCCACUUGCUUUGCAUCGAAUCUCUGAGCUCAGUCAUCGCGGCCUUCAGCCGGAAAUCCGUGUACAUGGAGAAGCAACGAAUGCGUGCGACAAGGGAGGCAAGUGGCGACAUGCUCUGAUUGUCUUGAAUGAGGUCCACGUAAGAGCUCUGCAGCUGAAUGUGGUGAUCGCUACUUCAGUCAUCAGUGCGAGUGGAAGAGGCGGAUGCUGGCAUCGCGCAGUGAAUUUCGCAGAUGAGUUAGUAUGCAGAGGUAUUCACCCGAAUGCAGUAGUCUUGAACUCCGCAAUUACCGCAUGCACUAGACGUGCGCGCUGGCAGCACGCGGCUUGCGUGUUCGGCGACUUUGGAGUGCCAGGAGUGCAGCCUGACAUCGUUACGUACAGCGCUGUGAUCAGUGCCCUGGAGAAGGGAGACAGCUGGCAGCAGGCACUGCUAAUCAUAGCAGACAUGCAAGCAAUGGGAAUGGAGCUCAAUUCGAUCGUUUGCACAUCUGCUCUUGCCACCUAUGGCAAAGCUGGACGUUGGGAGGAAGUAGUCGCUCUCCUUGCCGAUGUUUUGGACUGCAAGCUGCAAUGCGGCAUUGUUGUGGUCAAUGCAGCCAUCACUGCUUUCUGUCGCACGCAGCAAUGGCUGAGAGCUCUGGAUGUCUUUGGCCGUUUCUGCAGCAGAAGCCUGGAGCCAGACAUGUUCACCCUGAGCUCGGUGCUAGGUGCCUGCGAUGCUGGGGGACGAUGGCAGCAGGCUAAAGACUUGUGGACCGACCUUCACAGCGGCAAGUUGCGGCCGAGCGUAGUCACCUACAACGUAGCUCUGCGUGUUUUGGCCAACGGGAGGCAGUGGCAAGAUUCGUGUAGCUUGUUGCAGGAACUGAGGGUGUCCUUGCUGCAGUCUGACGAGACUACCUGCUCCUCGGCACUUGCUUGCAGAUCAUGGAACGUUGUUCUCGCUUUGCUGCAGGAUGUCGAGAGGACUGGCUUGGCCCACGAUGAAGUCACGCGGUCGGCGGCUGCAAAUGCUUGUCUAGCGGACAGUAGAUGGCAAAGAGCCCUGCGCUUGCUUCGCCUGGAUGUGCAUGUUGAUGUUGCCACAGUCACCACCGCGAUAGCGGCCUUCAGUGAAGGUUAUUCCUGGAGGGAUGCCUUUCAUCUACUUUUGCAUGGGUUGCCUGAGCGGGGCUUUGAUGGCCCCUACGCAGCGGCAUAUGCUUCCGCGAUAACGAUGUGUGGGAGUCACAUUCAAUGGCGCUCUGCUUUGGCUCUGCUUGAAGCGCUGGCUUGUAAGAGACACCACGCGACGGUGGAAGUCUGCACUGCUGCGUUGAAGGCAUGUGCUGAUGCCGAGCAGUGGCAGGAGUCAGUCAAUUUGCUCAGCUGCAUAGGCAAGUUGCACUUGCAACCUGACGCCUUGUCAUUUAGCCCAGCCAUCAGUGCAUGUAGGAAUUGGCAGCUGGGGCUGCUCUUGUUUCAGCAGAUGGUGCAGGUGAUAAAGCCGAAUCUGAUUUCAUACAAUGCUGCACUCAACACCUGCGAGUUGUCAGGGCAGUGGCGGCAAGCUGUGCUAUUGCUUGGCAUGCUCCGCACGGAGCACCUGCAACCAGACACCAUGAGCCACAAUUUGAGUCUAGGGUCCUGCUCCAAGUCAAAGAGCUGGGAAUUUGCUGCAUCGCUGCUUCGCCAGAUGGGACGUGCUCAGUUGCAAGGAAACGCUGUCACCUUCAGCCUCUUCGCGCAAGGCAACAUGCCAUCAUCCUUUGAAUUCAGCCACCUCGCCCCACUGCAAGGUGCUGGCAUUCAAAGCCUGAUGUCGCUGCGCCGCAUGCAAAAAAUAGCGUAA